AUGGCUUCUGAUGCUAGUCAUAUGCUGGAAGCAGCUUUGGAGCAGAUGGAUGACAUCAUUGCAGGAACAAAGUCGGCUACAGAGUAUACUAACGGUGGUUAUGAUAUUGUGUCACCUGCUCCUUCAGUAUACUUGGGCACAUUUCAAGUUUUGCAUCUCCUGGAAGAUCUAAAGAUGGCAUUGGAAAUGCUAGAGGAUCCUCAAGAGAAAGAAGCAUUGCGAAGUCAAAUUCCGGGGGCCACAGCAGUCUGUAUACGGGAGUGGUUUGAGGAGAAUCUGUCACAGGUGAAUCAUCAUUCAUCUAAUAAUGAAACCUAUCAAGAAAGAUUGGCACGAUUAGAAGGUGAUAAAGAGUCGCUCAUACUGCAGGUGAGUGUUCUUACAGACCAGGUGGAAGCUCAAGGAGAGAAAAUCCGGGACUUAGAAAUCUGUCUUGAGGGGCAUCAGUUGAAACUGAAUGCUACAGAAGAAAUGCUUCAACAGGAGUUGCUAAGUCGAACAUCACUAGAGACUGAAAAGUUAGAUCUAAUGGCUGAAGUUUCAGACCUGAAGAUUAAGCUGGUUGGUAUGGAAAAGGAACAGAGUGAAUACGAAGAGAAACAGAGCAAAGCUGAGGGUUUGCUACAGGAACUUAGACACCUCAAAAUUAAAGUGGAAGAACUGGAAAAUGAAAGAAAUCAAUACGAAUGGAAAUUAAAAGCAACUAAAGCUGAGAUAGCCCAGCUUCAAGAGCAAUUAGCUCUCAAAGAUGCAGAAAUAGAACGCUUACAAAGUCAGCUAUCUAGGACCUCAUCACAUAGUGAAGUGGCAGAAAGAGAGGAAGUUUAUAGGAGAAGGCUAAAAGAAAAACAUCAAGAAGUUCAACGGUUGAAGAUAGGAAUGGAAUCAUUAUUGGCUGCAAAUGAAGAAAAGGACCGUCGAAUAGAGGAGUUAACCCUAUUGCUAAGCCAGUACAGGAGGGUCAAAGAGAUAAUGAUUGCAGCUCACGGCUCUUCCAUCUCUGGUGGCAGUGAAGAGGAACUUGAGACAACUUUAAGGAAGUGGAAUCUUUUGAAUAAUCCUCAAGGAGAAUUAUUUAAAACAGAGGCCUCUUCAGGAGAUUUGUCACCAGCUAUGCUCUCUCCAGUGCCACACAAAGCUAUGGAAAUCAGUGGAAGCAUUCCAGUAUUUUCAACUAAUUUAACCUCUCCACAAGAAGAAUCUUUGGAAAUCAUAAAUAGGGUUCCACAGAAAAAAAAGUCAAGUAGUUUAGAAGACUUGCAGAGUGAAUCCCUGGAAAAGUAUGUAGACGGAAAACCAGUACAGCCUGUUGUAGAACAAGAGAGUAAGCCACUUGUGAAAGGCAGCAAGUAUCAAACCUUGCCAGGGAAGCUGCCUCGACCCUUACAGAAUGGAGAGCAGGGAACAUAUAAUUCGCCGGAUGGGUGUGGCAUGAACGACAAGGAGGACAACAGCGUCUUGGGCCUAAAUCGCAUCAGGAGUGUCAGUGCACCAGUGUUAGGAGAAACAGAGAAUGUGGAUGGUACAGUAGUCACAGAUGACCUUUCACCUCUUUCUUCGGGAACGGAUUCAGGUCCACUAUCUCCAUUGUCUCCAGAAAACAGAAAGAGUCCAAAAGGGAUCAAGAAAAUCUGGGGAAAAAUAAGAAGAACUCAGUCAGGUAACUUCCCUGCAGACGACCUUGGUUUGGCAGAGUUUCGAAGAGGUGGUCUCCGUGCAACAGCUGGACCUCGGUUAUCCCGAUCAAAGGAAACCAAAGGCCAGAAAAGUGACUACAAUGCUCCGUUUGCUCAGUGGAGCACUGAAAGAGUUUGUAACUGGCUUGAGGACUUUGGUCUCGGUCAGUAUGUCAUUUUUGCACGGCAGUGGGUGACUUCAGGCCAUACGCUGUUAACUGCGACACCUCAGGACAUGGAAAAGGAGAUGGGAAUAAAGCAUCCACUGCACAGGAAGAAAUUGGUUUUGGCCAUUAAAUCAAUAAAUGCAAAACAAGAUGAGAAGUCUGCACAACUCGAUCAUAUCUGGGUGACACGAUGGCUUGAUGAUAUUGGUUUACCUCAGUACAAAGACCAGUUUCAUGAAUCCAGAGUUGAUGGGAGAAUGUUGCAGUUCUUAACAGUGAAUGACCUUCUUUUUCUGAAAGUCACCAGCCAGCUGCAUCAUCUGAGUAUUAAAUGUGCCAUUCAUGUGCUCCAUGUCAAUGGUUUUAACCCCCACUGUCUACGCAGGAGACCAGUUGAGGAGAAUAACGUUUCGCCUUCUGAAGUGGUUCAGUGGUCCAAUCAUAGAGUGAUGGAAUGGCUCAGAUCAGUCGAUCUGGCAGAAUAUGCACCAAACCUUCGAGGAAGCGGAGUGCAUGGUGGCCUGAUUAUUCUCGAACCUCGCUUCAAUGGUGAUACACUGGCAAUGCUGCUGAACAUUCCACCUCAAAAGACCCUGCUGCGACGCCACCUAACAACCAAUUUUAAUGUAUUAAUUGGACCAGAGGCACAGCAAGAAAAAAGAGAAAUAACGGAGUCAACAGCAUACACGCCCCUGACCACCACUGCCAAAGUUCGGCCAAAGAAACUUGGAUUUUCACAUUUUGGAAACUUAAGAAAGAAGAAAUUUGAUGAAUCAACAGACUACAUUUGUCCUAUGGAUACAAACCCAGCUGCUACGAAUGGUAGUCAGAAAAACUAUGGUGGAUAUAAAGGACUUAGUCCGUUUAGUGAUAAGGAACUGGAUCAGAUGGAACAUUCAGAAGGAACAGUAAUGCAAAUAGGGGCUCUUUCUCAAGGCAUAAGCCAUCUUACGACGAUGCUAAGCCAAGAUGAAAUGCUGAAUGACAGCAGAUUUUUAACACCUACCUUUGAAGACUGGAGAUGAUGUUUCAACAUGACCAAGAACAGUAACACCUCAUGCCUGUCCCAGAGGGGUGGGCCAGGAGAAGCUUGAUGCUGUGGUGCAGAAAA